AGUGAGGGAGCAGCGAGGCGGCGGGACAGAGCGGCCCCGGGACAGAGGGGACCCGGGACAGAGGGACCCGGGGACAGAGCGGCCCCGGGACAGAGCGGCUCCGGGACGGGGCUGCGAUGGCGGCGGAGCAGGAGGACUACGAGGCCGUGCUGUGUGUGAAGCCCGCGGUGCUCGUGUACCGCGUCCCGCCCAGGGCCUCCAACCGCGGCUACAGAGCCGCGGAGUGGCAGCUGGACCAGCCGGCCUGGAGCGGGCGGCUGCGGAUCACGGCCCGCGGCAGCACCGCCUUCAUCCGCCUGGAGGACAAGACCUCGGGAGAGCUCUUUGCCCAGGCGCCCGUGGAGCAGUUCCCGGGGAUUGCUGUGGAGAGCGUGACGGAUUCCAGCAGAUACUUCGUCAUCCGCAUCGAGGAUGAGAAUGGCCGCCGGGCGUUCAUCGGGGUCGGCUUCGCGGACCGAGGGGACGCCUUCGACUUCAACGUGGCCCUGCAGGACCAUUUCAAGUGGGUGAGGCAGCAGAGUGAACUGGCCCGGCAGGACCCAGAUCAGGGACCCAAACUGGAUCUGGGAUUCAAGGAAGGACAAACCAUCAAACUCAACAUCGCUAACAUGAAGAAAAAAGAAGGAGCCACAGGGAACACCAGACCACGUCCUGCAGGGCCCGGGGGCCUGACUUUGCUCCCACCACCUCCCGGGGGGAAAUCCUGCGGAGAGCGCCCGCCCUCCCUGCCCGGCCCCGCCCGGCUCCCGGGAACGCCCAUCACAGACUCGGUGCUGUCCUGGCCUCAGCCCUCUGCUCCCGCUGCUCCCGCUGCCGACGCCUGGGGAGACUUUGCCAAAGCCUCGGGGUCGACUCCUAACCAGACUCAGGGGAACACUGGCUGGGUCCAGUUCUGAGCCCACAAGGGUACUGGGAUCCUUGGGAUUCCUUUGGGACCAAAGAAGCAGCUUCAGGACACCUCACUCCUGCCCUUAAAUCCCGCCUGGCAUCAAAAUGCUGGAAUAAGUGCUGGAAAGAACCAACCACGUGCCUUAAAACACUCCACACCCCUGUGCCUGCUGCAUCCAGGGUCUGUUAUUGUCCCCCUGGAUCACAGGACACCUUCUCCUUUGGGAGAAACCAUCCGGUUCGUCCCCUCUCCUCCAUAACAAGAGGGUACUUGAGGUCUCCUCAGAGACUUUCUCCUUGGUUUUUUGGGCUGGAUAAAUCCUUCCCUGGGCAAGGAGCAUCCUCCUGGAGACAUCCCACCUCCCAGCUCCACACCAGCACCCGCCAAGAUGCCAAAUAUCACCUUGGUUUUCUUCCUGAGCACUUACCUGGGAUGUUGGGAAGCUCCAGACGUGGUGUUUCCAUGCUGAAAUUCCUCAUUUCUUACUCUGGGAAGUUUGCUUUAUUCCUGCUCUCCUUCGAAGACAGGAUUUUUUACUUCUUUCUGUGGACUUUUUGUUAGGGACAGAACGGUCUCUUGGACAGAGCUGGGGCUGAGACUCCUCCCUAAGCAAAGAAAUAUUUUCUUACCUAUUUAUAUGAAGCCUUUUCCACGUACGAAAUCCCACUUGUUUUUUUAUUCAGUGCCUUGGAUUUUCCUUUUCCAACUGGCUGACGGGCAUUUUGCUUUCAGAGCUUUUCCCUGGGCCUGGCAGCAAAGCCAGGUGAGCCUCAGAGUGAACAAUAAAACGCUUUGGAUGCC